UUGUCGUUGUUGAGGCAAUAGUAACAAAGAACAUUGGCUACGGAGGUUGACCUUGGCACUUUGCAUCGGGUUAUAGUGCCGCGCUUGGACGCAACCUUGGUCGCCGAGGAGCUCUGAGUUGGUCUUGGUUUAAGCCUUACGACCUACAGCAAAAUGAUUGACCAAGCUGGAAAUUCGCCGCGGGCGCUGGGACCACUUGACCGUCGAACGAUUGUGCGGCGAUGUGCUGCUUGCGCGAAGCGUAAAGUGAAGUGUCAAGGCGGUUGGCCGUGCAAUGCAUGUCAACUUCGAGACGAAUCAUGUGUUCCACAGAAGCAGUCACGCAGCUCAACAUCAGUUUUCGUCAAUGUCUCCCCAAAACCCCGAGAGACCAAGCCAAAGGGGACGUUAGUCGUCUCCAAAAACGACUCCCAAUGUGUAGCAUCAAUUUCGUCGCGAAUGCCGCGCGCUAUGCAGCCCGAUAGAGAAAGCCUAUACUUUGUGCAUUUCUUCUCCAAAUUCUUAGAAGUCAAUAGCUUCACCGGAAAAGACGACAUGCAACGAGAGAUCCUUAGCAAUCUUUGUCACCAGUCACCUAUUUUAACGAACUCAAUCGUUGCAAUUGGUGCCCUCGACGUCAGCCGUGACCCUGAUUCAUCAUGGCAGAUGGAUAAUCAAAAGUCUCCCAAGGUUGCUGCCAUUCAAGCAUAUCGUGAUUCAAUACUCCAGCUGCGCUCAGCAAUUGCGAAUCCCGCCGCAGUGCAGAAUGACGCAACACUGUGGGGAACUUUUUUCCUAAGUCUCUUCGAGCUCAUGACCGAUGCGACGGGCAAAGGCUGGCUCAAACAUAUGAGCUACGGCAUAUAUUGCCUCCUUCAACUACACGAGCCACAAUACUACCUUUCGGGUCCCGGCCGCUCGUUCUUCCUUACUCUUCGUAUUUCCGAGCUCUGCCGAAGCUUAAUGUCUUGCGACGAGACUUUUCUUGCGCAACGCCCAUGGAGAGACCUAGUGGCUCAGAUCUGGGCCGUUUCAACGGCAGACUGGCACCCAAAAGAAGCGCUUUUUGACAUUUUAGUCGACGUCGCAGCUUGCAGUUCCGGUGUUGUGAAGCUCCUCCAAGAAACGUCCAAGAACUCCAAUCAACCCACCCCCCAGCAACGCGCGCGGGCAGAAAUCCUCGCAGCGGAGGGAACAGCAAGCCAAGCCAAGCUGUUCAAGUGGUACUCUGAGACGUUUGAUUCUUCCACUUGCACUUUUACCUCUACCUCUACCUCUCCAUCCUCCAUCCUCUCCUUUCCCUCACCCGCCUCCUCCUUCUCUUCUCUCUCCUCCUCCUCCUCUUCCUCUUCCUCUUCUUCCUAUCCCUCUCCCUCCUCCUCCAUUCCCCCCUCAACCCCCCCAACACCCUCAUCUACCCCAUGCACCCCACCCGCCCUACCACCCUCCUUCUCGCUGCGCACCAUCAAACACGACCCGCAACUGAUGCUCGCGCUGGCGUACUACCACGGCAUCUGCAUCUUCCUAUCGUGCACCUUUGACUUUUAUCCAUGCUGGACGCGGUCUACGCCUUCUACGCCGACACCGACGUCGCUGUGCUCGCCCUCGCCAUGUCCCGUGCUAUCCGCUUCCGAGAUGAACGCACACGUGCUCGCUAUUCUGGAGAUAUGCAAAUACGUUCUUGCCGACGGCAGACUGGCGCCCGUGCUGCUCGUGAUGCCGCUGGAGGUCGCGGGCGCGAAGUCGCACGUCGAGGUGCAUAGGAUGCAGAUCGUGCAGAUGCUGCGCGAGGUGGCGAAGCGAGGGUUCAUUGUUGCAGAUCGGUUCGUGCUGGGGCUGCAGUCGAGAUGGGAGGAGGAAGUGGAGGAGGAGGGGGGGACGAGUUAGGGUUAUAUGAACUGUCAUUUGUUUUGGCUAUGUAUUUUUUUGCUCACGCAUCCUUUGUGGGUAGUACCCUUAUUUUCUCUCUCUCUCUCUCCAUGACCACGGAUAUCACAAUACAUUAUAUAUCAAGGAAAACAGCACUUCAGAGGGUGUCAAUGAUUCAAAUGAGAGGACGUUAUUUUGAUUCGGGGGAAGGGGCUUUUUUUUGGACUAGUUCAUGGAACACCUGCUCUCCCUUGAAAGAGUGUGCCGUUGUAAAGAUGA